AUGGGCUACGUUAUUCGGUCAGUAGAGCACGCUAAAUAUCUCGGAAUCUGGCUUGAUAAGACUCUCUCCUUUACUACCCACUGCACUAAAGUGGUAGCGAAAGCGAAUGGGAGCCCUGAGGCCCUACGGAGCAUCUCUGUGUUCACAUGGGGCACGUCCCUGCUGAACAUGCGAACCAUAUAUCUGGCCGUAAUAGUCCCGCAGAUGCUCUACGGGGUUGCUGCAUGGUAUAGCCCUACCAGCGGACGUACUAAGUAUGCAAAACGGCAGAAGAUUAUCAACGAAUUCGAACGAAUCCAGACGCGGGCAGCAGUACUUAUUAGUGGAGCAUUCAGAAAUACCGCUUCUGCAGCCUUAGGGGCAGAACUGUUCCUGCCUCCGGUCCGCCUGCACAUGCAACAGAUGAUUGAGGAGGCCACGAUCCGGAUACAGACCGGACCGGUUAUAGCCUGUCCCCGGAGGUUAGUCAGGAAGAGAAGCUCGGCGGAAAUAAGAUGGUCAGGGUGGUCCCCCAUGGAGGCGCUGAGAUGGAGGAAGGGGGGCCCCCUAUGGACCGGUGGCCGAAGUUUGGCUACGUGGGAGUCCCGAAAGGCGCACGUGCUCGCCCCGUGGGAGCUCCCACUUAACUGCGUGAUCGAGGGAGCGGAUAGCGCAAUCCAGGAACACGACAGGAUCUGUCAGGAAAGCCGGAGGCAGAUCUGGUACUCUGACGGCAGCGGCUUUAACGGCCACGUAGGGGGUGCCACAGUCUCGAUUUGGGCCGGGAAGGUCCGCAAGAAAUACCUAGGAGCCGCGGCUGACUCCACUGUGCACGUGGGAGAGCUAGAGGGGGUCAAAAUGGCCCUGAAGUGGGCAGAGGCGGCCCCGAUCACGGUCUUUUCAGACAGCCAGGCGGCUAUUGAAGCCGUGAGGAACCCUGGCCGACCAUCAGACCAGUACGUACUACGGGCUAUCUACGAGAGGAUCAGGUCCCUGAGAGACGGGGGCCUGCAGCAGGGAGAUAUAGAGCUGCGCUGGAUCCCUGCGCAUAUCGGUGUAGAAGGGAAUGAACGGGCUGACGAGGCAGCCAAACGAGCCGCGAUAAAGGGGAUUGAAUUAAGCUCAGUAGGGCCAAGGGACCUGGCCGCUCGGCCAAUCACGGGGCUCGCAGCUGCAGCCAAAACUGACGUCCGCCGGGGAAUCCAGGCGCAGUGGGCGAAGUGGUGGGAGCGACAACAGGUUGGAAAACCUACCAAACGGCUGAUUCCGAAGCCGAAAAAGAAGGUCUUGAGGAUGUACGAGGGCCUGAGCAAGCCCCAGACUUCUAUAAUCAUCCAGAUGCGCACUAUGAGGAUCGGAUUGAGGCAUUUCCUCUUUAAGAUAAAGCAGGUCGAUUCCGACCGCUGCGGGUGUGAAUUAAGCUCUCAAACGCCUAAACACGUCCUUAUGGAGUGCUCGCUGCACCUCGCCAGUCGGAGAAUAAUGAUGGAACGCCUCGACUCUAUCGAGGGACUGCGUGGGCGUAUACAGGACUACGACGCGGUCAUGAACCACCCGCAGGCGAUACGCUACGUCGCCGAUUUCAUGCAACGAACAGGCCUCCUACAACAGUUCCUAUUCGCCACGUUUAAAGACGAGGAGGACGAGGAGGUCCCGGAACCCAGCACCCUCCUGGAGGGACUCGAUCUAAACGAGGAAGACGAUGGUUAUAUUGAACACUAA